GAGCUAUAACAGCUGAUCGGCAAGGACUGUUGAGAAUGUUGGUCGGGAUUUAUUUGCCAAAAUGACUGAUUGGAUGUGUUAUGGUGAAUACAGAACACCUUGAAAUAAUUCAUUUGAUGUGAAAGGUAAGUCAAUUUCAGGGUGUUUGUCACGAAAAGAAUCUCUGUAAGUCAAGUCAUGUAACGGUGUCUUUGUUCGCGAAGCUCAGCUGAUGAUCGGCCACAAAUAGAUUUCAUCUGAAAAUGUGUAAGGAAGUUUACCGUUAAAUCAUUUCAUUUUCAAAGCAGAAAAGAAAUGAUAUACCUUUGAAAGUGUCAUUUAUUAAAUUUUAGAACUGUCAUGUAAUUAAAUCAUGAUUUUAAAACGAUAGGCAGUUGAAUAUAGUCUUCCUUUAAUUUAUGCACUGCUUGAAAUACCAGUAUUAUAAUGAUCGACAGAAAAAAAAGUGCUGUGAUUUGCAAUUUUCCUAUUCCAAUUUUAUGCAUUGGAAAGUAACGACGAGGUGUUUGAUGCGCAAUGCAGAACAACUGUAUAUUCAGCCAAAUGCUUGAAGUUUGCUGAGGUUAUGACAUUCUGUAGAAUAGCUUAUAAAGGUGUAAUCCAUUCUGACCUCUUAUUAUCAUAAUUCAUUCUAGAUUAGAAUGAAUAGAAUAUCUGCGGCACAUGUGAAAACUAUAUAUUAUGUUAAAAUGAUAAAUUUGUACGGUAAAAAGGUAAUGUCAUUUAUUUAUCGGUUAAAUUUGCAAUGUUUUUGAUGAACUUAAUGUUAUUCAUUGAGAAAGGAAUCAAUCAUUUUUAUAGAUGUGGCUUAACGAAUUGAUAAAUAUUUUCCUUUUAAACUGCUCAUUUUAGUUGAGUUUAUUACUAGCUUUUUAAAGUGUGUUUCAGUGGUAUAAAAAGGUGUAUAAUAAUUUUGAUUUUUUUUAUUAAUUUUUAAGCAGUUUAAUUUUUUAAUGAUAAUUUCUUAUUUCAUAGGGGAUAAGCCAAAUAUCAAUCUUUGAAACAGUUUCACAAGUUCAUCAAUUUGAUCUCAAUUCAAAUAUUGUUUCUUGUUACUUUUAAGGAAUUAAACAUUAACAUUUUGCACUAACCGUAUUUUUCAACAAUAAUGUAAGACUUGUAGAAGAUAAUUUCAUGACAUUGUGUUAUAAUUAUGUAGAUUUUAUGGUUUUAUAUAUCUACAUUAUCGAGAUGUAAGUGUUUUAUAAGGGUUCCACCUACAAAAGUAAGUUGUUUUCUGAGAUUCGUGAAACGGCUCGGGAUAGUUUUCGGCCACUCAAUAAAACUUAUCAUUCUCGCCUGUUACUGCCAAACAAAACAUGUAUUCCUUGCAGGAUUUUAGAUCUUGCUUGUGUGCGUUUUUAUAGCUGGACCUAGGCGACAGUAUGUCUGUGUGCUUGUAUGUCUUGUCGUAAGUGUAACCUCGUCUUGUCAAAUUUACCUGACCAUUUGCCGUGUAGGUAUGCUAUCUAGAGUCUGACCAAUUCUUUGUUGUAUGGUGUUAAUAAUGCAACUUUGAGUGACCUUUUAUUAGUCAAGAAUAUACUUUCACAUUGAAGGUUUUAAUUUCUGAUGAAAAGUUGAACCUUGAUUCGAUUCGUUAUUCUUCUUCCAUUCAAGCGCAGGGCUUACCUGGGAAAGAACAUACAACUUCUCCAAACAAACAAAUGCAUGCCCUCAGUUCAGAAAUUAUAUGCAUACUGUUAGAUAAUUUUAAAAAUCGGUUUAAUGUACUAUCAUUAGUUGUUAAUUGUACAUUUACUUUAUCCGCAUACUCGUACUGUUAUUAUUCAGACAAAUGUGAACAAUUUAUCAUUGUCAUCAUCUUCCAUAUGUCUUGUUGCAGUAAAGCACCAUCCCUUCCUUGACGCUGUCUCCAACUUCGCAUUGCAUUGUGUGAAACUGUUAUGUAAUUUAUAUUUCCUCGCAUAAGGUUUUUUUUUUAUUGCAUUCCUAUUUUUAAAUUUCUUCCAAUUAUCUUCGCAAAAUUGCCGAUUCAGCAUUUUCAUUGUCCCACCUGAACCUUCGUGACCGCACUGUCGAAUCAUUUAAAAAAUAUAAUCUGGCUGUUUUGCCUCGAAUUUCGGACUGAGCAUUUUUUGGCGUACGGAUUACCCCGAGUGUCGUGAAAUGUUGAGUUUUCAUGUCACCUGCCAUUUUCGAGACGGGCACUAUAUAGUCGUGCUGGCCUUGAAUUGGGGCAAAGGGUCAACUAUAUUUUGCGCGCUCAAUAACUCAAUAGCUGCUUUGGCGUUCGAUCAUCCAUAAAAGAAGGGCGACUAGUCCUUGAAAUUUUUUUUUAUUGUUGUAACUGUUUUGGUAGAAUACACUGAGAAAUAAAGAUCGUUUAGGAAAGCCACAGUACUUGAAUUUGAUUUAUUUCGAAGAAAUUAAGAUUUAUUCAUAUCUCAAAUAAACUACCUCGACAAGUUUAAUCUGCUAGAUAUAUUUCAUUUGUGUAAAAGUUAUAUUAUUGCAAUAUCCAGUUUUUAUUUUUCAUAUUUUAUCUAGACUCCUUCGCCGAUUAUCUAAAAUAGUUCCCCAUCUGUACCUCGCAUUGAUAAAUAUAUAUACAUAUAUAUGCACCGUUGCAGAAUGAAGUGUCAAGGUCUUUACUUCUGACUCACGGAUCGAAGGCGCCUGUUGAGGCACACAAAGGGAGAACCGUGCAGAGGUACUGCACGGAGAUUUAAAAGGAACAUUAAAGCUUUUAUCCAAGAUGAAAAAUUACGUUUAAUUAUUGAACAGCCGAUAAUAGGUGUAAAGGUUUACCAUAGCGUGAAAUAAGGUUUAAAGGGUUUUGCUUUUUCUUUUCUCUAUCUUUUUUGCUAACAUCAGCAACUAUAAAUAACUUGAAUAGCAUGUCAUGUCUUCCGGUAUAAAUUCUCGGACUUGUAUAAUGUAAUAUAGUCAUAGUCCAAUUUACAUGUCCAGCAUUCUUUCCCACUUCAAAUAAUGCUCAUGAACAAAAAAUAGUUCACUACCAUAGAUAUAUAUAUAUAUAUAAUAAUAAAGCCUUUAUUUAUCCAGAAUUACAUAUUUAACGAAAACGCUAGUUUUCAAUAUGGUCCUGCAUAUAACAUUAUUUGUAUGUAUUUUCGUGCUGCAUGCCCCUUGAGGGCCCUUGAUUGGAAAUAAAUAUAGUUAUAGUUAUAACACAUACAGACAGACAGAUAUUAGUAAAACAAACACAAAUUGAAAGAAGUAGAAUACAUAUAAACUUAAGAAAUAAUUAUGAAUGUAAGAUAAAUAUGUAAGAUAUAGGAUUGGAAUAACCAUCAAUUGUUUCCUAUAUAGGUUAAAUUACAUGAUUUCAAUUUUUUAGCAUCAAGAUCUAAUUCUAGUUGGCCUAGUUACUUGCAUACGAUUUUGGAAUGUAGUUUAGAUUACAAAAUCAAACAACAAAAAAACCCGGGGGAUUUUCGAUAGACCUAUCAAUAUUUAUAUUUUCUUAAAAUAUAUUGAAAACGAAUGUAUGAGUAAUUAAAAAAAAGAACAAAAUAUGUUUGCCUAAUCUUCUUUUGUUACUAAAGACCUUGCCCUUCUCAGAAGCAGUGACCCGAUUUGCUAUAAAACGAAUAAACAUUUCAAGAUGGAUGCCGUGCGGUGUACCGACUGGAUGUGUGUAUGGAACGUUAAUUGACGAUUUUUAGAGUUGAUAUGAAAAUAUGUGAUUAUUUACAAAGUACUGUAAGUAACAUUUGUUUUACACGACGGGAUUGUAAAAUAUGAGAACAGAACGGAAGAAGGGACAAUAUAACGUGCGUGCCGUAAAUACGCAGUAACCCGGAUAACUGUGGAGUUGUUUUAUGAUGUGAAGUGACAGCUGGUUGACGGUGUCAACCCAAAAAGCAUCGAAAAAAUGACAGGAACAAAAUUUUUGGAUAAUGUCAGUGACAAAGACAUUGAAAUUGAACCAGAACCCGAGCCUCGGGCCAAGUCCAGGUGCCCGGAUGGGGGAUGGGGUUGGGUAAUUGUGCUGGGGGCUUUUGUCUGUAACGUGAUCGUAGACGGAAUCUGCUUCACAUUUGGCAUAUAUGUGCAGGACAUCAUUGAUUUCUAUGGAGCAGACGAGUCUAAAAGCGUCCUCGUGGGAUCCCUUCUAGUGGGAUGUUACCUAAUGGCAGGACCCGUAGUGAGUGCACUUGCCAACAAGUUUGGAUGUAGAAAGGUUACCAUUUUUGGCAGCCUCUUGACGUGCCUUGCUCUUCUGGUGAGCACAUGUGCACCAUCAAUAGAAGUGCUGAUGUUCCUGUAUGGAGUCGUCGGAGGCAUUGGAAUGGGGCUGAUUUAUUUGCCUUCAAUUGUCAUCAUUGGCUACUGGUUCGAACGCAAGAGGGCGUUCGCAACAGGCAUUGCCGUCUGUGGUUCUGGAAUAGGGGCAUUGAUCUUUGCCCCAAUUAACAGACAACUGCUGGAGGAGUAUGACUGGAAACAAAGUUUGGUGAUUGUUGCGGGUAUUGUGUUAAAUUGUGCUGUAUGCGGAGCUCUCUUUAGACCGAUAGCCUCAGUCUCGAAAAAACGAAUGAAAAGAGGCAUUGUGACUCGUGGAUCCAUCAUGAAAGCUCUAAUUGCAGAGAAAGAACGUCAGAGAACAAUUUCAAACGGAUCACUUGACAACUGUAUUAUAACAAAAGACAAUAGACUCAUCAAAAUUGAUAAGAUUGACCUGAGAAAUAAAAGUGUUUCUUACAUCAAUAAACUGAAAAAAGAACUUGGGUUUAGCUCUGGAAGUUUGAAUCGCAGUAAAAACAGUCUGAUAAUAACCCCCGUCGGCUAUAACAAUAAUAUGAUAAUCAACAUCGUUGAGAGUGUUCCUUCGACUCCUGUGCAGGAAAAGAGAGACCUAACAUCCACUCCCAUUCGAUCCUCCCGUAGGAAACGUGACUACGAGAGAAGGAGGGACAGUGGGAAUGGCAGUUCACUUGGUGUGCAAGACAAUCCAUCUCCCGAGAACUUGAUGGAAAUGUUGGAAAAGGAUGAGGCUGGAUUAUCCAGACAGUCAAGUGUUGUAAGCAGAGUGAACGAAGAGAGCAGCAAUCUGUUAGACCCCAGUUCUAUUAAACAAACUCAGUACUUGGGGCGCAGCUCAGGAAGUGUGAGGAGUAGCGCUAAUACCCAUCUUUCACCUGAAAGUUUGAUGACGUCACUGAACUCCAGUGUCCGGUUCGCAGGCGAGGUGACCAUUGAUGAGAUUGAGGAGUAUUCAUCACAACGGGAACUACCCGGAUGGUGCCUCUACAUCUCCAACCUUUUUGAUCUCAGCUUACUCAAAAACAAAGCGUUUGUUCUCUACGCAUUUACCAGCUUUCUUAGUAUGUUAGGAUUCUUUAUUCCUUAUUUCUUCAUUCCCAUGAAGAUGAAAGACACGAGCAAAGGGCAGGAAAACUCCAGUAUUUCUGAUGAUGGCACCAUGUUUGUUCUCUCUAUUCUCGGGAUUGCUACAACAAUAGGUCGUGUUUUAAUUGGAUGGGUAGCCGAUCGACCUUGGGCGAACACCUAUCUUAUCAACAACGGGUCACUAGUUAUUGCUGGAAUUGUCACUGUCGUCUGCCCUUUCUUAGAAGGAAGUGCACAGAUGACAAUUUUUGCUGUAGGAUUUGGAUUUUUCACAGCUGGGUUUCUUUCUCUUCGAUCCAUAGUCCUGGUGGAUUUAAUUGGACUAGAUCGUUUGACGUCAUCAUUUGGCUUACUCCUAAUGUUUCAGGGAAUCGCGUCCAUUGCAGGACCUCCAUUAGCCGGUCGGAUGAUGGAUAGCACUAGCAGUAUUGACUCGGUGUUUUAUCUGUCGGGAUCACUGUUAACAAUGGCUGGUAUUUUCGGUUGUUUUAUGCCGAUGCUGAAGUCGGGUGACAACCACAUACAGUAUGAAGAGGAAGAGAUGGUUGGUUAUCCAAUGAAUUCAGAGUUAGAAAUGAUCGAGCAGGUGAAACUGCCAGACACCAGAAUGUAAGCAGACAUGUUUUCAUUAGGAAACAAAACUUUUAAAAGUAUGUGGACAUUUUGUGCAGGGAAUUUUGGUGCUGAUUGUCUGCAACUGACAGCGGGAGGGAGCGUCUCCUUUUAGACAUUUUCUGUGACCCUAUGGUCAGAAGUCGACUUUAAAUGGGAUAAACUGAAUGUUGUGCGUUGACGUUGUACAAAUUUGUGUUGUUCCUAUCCAGGUGAUUAUUUUGUGUGCGAGGUAAAAUAGUCCAAAAAAAAAAAAAAUAUAUGAAAAAAAUAAGUGCCACAUCAAGAAAGUUGGUUAGUCUUUCAGUGUAAAGACUAGAUGUGCGAUGUCACUGCUUAUUAAGGAUCUCAGAAUAUUGAAGGAGCGAGUUUCACUGGACCAUAAACAAUGUUAGGAAGUAUAUAGUACCUACAAGAUAGUUUUUCAAACUAUAAAAGAUGUUGUGUUGGUGAUUUUUGAUAUGAUCAAACUUCUUGUAUAAUGACAGAGCUGAUUGUUAUUCCCGUUUGGAGACUGAGAAUGGCAGAUUGAUCAUUUUUAUAGGGAUUAUCUUUUCUAGUGCUAUACUCUUAUUCGUUUCAUUAAUUUAUAUAGAUUUAAAACCCUGCUGUAUUUUUUUUUUCAUGUUGAUAAUAAAUGGCUAACGAUAUUGUACACGAUGGAGAAAAAAGUUCGGUUAUAUUGUCUAUAUACCGAUUUCCUGCUUAUUAUUGCGCAGUGCUAUCUGUGAAUGUUCGCAUAAUGAUAUCGCAGUUAAGUGCUAUGUUUGUUAUAUUUUUUUACCUAGUAUUCCAAAGAAUUGUUUAAGCAGUGGACAAGACAAUUGAUGGAUUUGAAAAGUUAAAGUGCCUUUGCAUAAAAUAACGUGCAAUACGCAUCGCUUAUCUCAACAAAUUUAUACAUAAGUACCUGCUCAUAUGAUCAAUAGUGUUAAGGGGGUAUGUUCAAUGCUUUUUAAAUGAUGUAGUUCAUUGUAAAGAUGUAUUUUAACUUCAAUUUCGUUUUAAAUAUUUUUUUAACUUGAAAUAUUGUUAAGAGAUCGCUUAACAAUACUUUGUUUUCAUCAUAAUGGGUGAAUAUUGUCAGCUUUUACCAACUCUUGAAAUACGAAGUCAGUUUAUUCCAUAUAUAUGUAUAUAUGUUAACUUUUUUUUAAAACCAUGCCUCAUAUAAAAAUUCAUUGGAAUGUCCAGUUCUGAUAUGUAUUAUAUACGUUAAAAGUUUGAUAAUUAAGGGCACAGAGACUUCAUUUGUUUUGUCUGCUGUCAACCCUGUAAAGAAAAAAAUAAUGAUAUUAUUGUUGUGUAUUAUUAUAUUAAUUGGCUUCGUCAAGGUGGUGUUGCUGAAGUAUUAAGUGGUUUUAUUGCUAGGAUUGAUAACUACAGCUGCUUCAAGAUAUAGCUUUGACACUUGUGCAUAUUCAUUGUUCAAUACCUAGUAACUACCUUUGUUCAUACAUUUGCUGGUCAGUAUAAUUUGGAGAGAAAAAAAGAGCUUUUGGUGACCUUGACGGUUGUGAGCGAUAUGUUUUAAUUGGUGGAUCCAACAUUUGUGUGAGUGUGAACAUGUCAGGAUUUCAUAUAUGUAACCCAUAUUUUGUGAACAUGGGUGUAAAAUUUGUGAAAGUGUGAUUUUUCUCGUGUGGAAGAAUGAUGUUUUGAAGAACUUGUCCCACGGUUAUAUAGAUGUAUAUAGAGCUGACUUUGAAGUCAAAAAAAUUAUAUAGGGCAUUUAUGAAUUGUGUUAUUGUGCUGGUGUUAUAAUAAAUCAUGAAAAAAUAAAACGAUAACUAUAAAUAUAUGAACUUUGAGAACAUGUACAUGUAUCGUUGUAAGAGUUUCAUUUUACAGAUGCGUCACGCACAACAGGAAGGGUUCACAAGCAUUACGGGCGGAUCCAUGGUUCUGUAAAUGUAUAUUUUAAAUGUAAAUUGAAUUUUAGGUGAUUGUUAGAUUGAACUAGAAUUUUAUACCCGGUCCGCCCACACUGCUGUUUAAGAUACUUAUUUUUAUUAAUUUUUACUGUCUUCUGACUAAAUACAUUUUAAGUGUUGAUCUUGCUAUUGUAGGUAAGUGGAUGUGUUUAAAUGUUAAUUGAAUAGGAUAUAUAAGAAUCAAAGCAAUUGAAUUAAUCCACAUUGGUGCACUUUCUAAAAUCGUAAAAUGUGGACAAUGAAAAGAACAUGGCGAAAUCUAGUUUCUGUGUUUUGUAUAAUAUGAUGUCACUUUGUGAUGCAAUUUCAAUUUGUUUGUGUACAUCAUAUCUGUUGCCAUAUAUAUUAAAAGUUCUACAAAGACAAA